GUAACUGUCAGUCCUAUGCUGUCAGUCAUUUGACAGUUAAAGUGUCUUAAUCCUACCUUUUGUGAAAUUAUUUUCUGAAACUAGUGAAAAAAUACUAAUUUUAAUAACCAUGGGGAACGAAAGUUCUUUACCCAUGGAAUUAUGCUCUAAUUUUGAUGCUGACGAGAUACGACGUCUGGGAAAGAGAUUUAGGAAACUUGACUUGGAUAAUUCUGGAGCUUUAAGUAUAGAUGAGUUUAUGUCUCUCCCAGAACUGCAACAAAAUCCACUUGUUCAGCGUGUGAUUGAUAUAUUUGAUGCUGAUGGAAAUGGCGAAGUUGACUUUAAAGAAUUUAUACAAGGUGUCUCACAGUUCAGUGUUAAAGGGGAUAAAUUGUCGAAGCUAAGAUUUGCAUUCAGAAUUUAUGACAUGGAUAAUGAUGGAUAUAUUUCAAAUGGAGAGCUGUUUCAGGUUCUCAAAAUGAUGGUCGGCAACAAUUUAAAGGAUACUCAGUUACAACAAAUUGUUGACAAAACAAUUUUGUUUGCUGACAAAGAUGAGGAUGGUAAAAUAUCAUUUGAGGAAUUCUGCAAUGUUGUUGGGAAUACUGACAUUCAUAAAAAGAUGGUUGUAGAUGUUUAAUUUAACUAAAUUCAACAAAAAAAUGUCCAAUUUUGGUUGGUCACACAAAAAACACGUGCUUUUAAUUUUUUAAUUAUAUAUGAACCCGUUUUUUUUUUUAUUAAUCUAAAUGCAAAUCAUAGUUACUGCUAUUCACUGUUUAAGAAACAAUCACUUUUCUCUUUUGUUUAGUGUAUUCAUAGAGAUAUAAGAAUAAAGCAUUCAAGCUACAUGUUAACAAAUAACACUACAGAUUUAUGAGGAGAGAAUGAAUCGGGCUAAAAUGUCUUAAUCUCUGCUGAAACCGAUUCGUAUGUCGUCUUUUGGGCUGAAAUAAUUUUUUCAGCUUGGUUGACUGCUUUGUUCUUUUGUCCUUAUGGAUAUGUUUGAUUAAAAAAAGAAACAUUUAUUGUUAGGCUAAGAGUAGCAACAUGAUAUUUUUAAUUUAUUUAACCCUUCAGGUGUAUGCUUUAUACAUAAUUGAUAAUUUAAAUGAUAUUAAUGGCUUUUCAAAAAUCAUAUUCGACUUAAUAUUGUAUCUGUAUUCAUUAAGUUUAAUGAUGCUUCACAUUUUAAGCAUAAAACCUGCUUGUUGUUCACAGCAGUUCGUUUUAUAUGGAAUUUAACAAAAUAAUGUAGCAGAGUUGUAAUUUAUAUUUCAUCUGAAUGUUAUGUGUAUAAUACUAAAAGAAAAAAACUUAAAAACGUACCUAUUAACUAUGUGUUUGACUUCUAGUAGUGUUAAAACUUGCAUUGUAUUUAAUAAGCAAAAUUGCACUUAUUUCAGUAGAUUGUCACUGAUAAAUUGGUACAUCACUCUCUAGAUCUCCAGUUGGUCGAGUUUUAGUGCACGACUCGUUCAACUUUCGAUCUGAAUUUAUCGGGCAAAAUCUUAUAUUACAGUAACUUCAUAAAAUUUCAUCAUUUUCUUUUUGAAAUGUGUAUGCUUUUAAUGUUAUGUAAAACUUAAAAACUAUACACAUUUCCUUUUCCUUUCGAAGUGGGUGAAAUUUUACCUGUUGUUUUAAAAUUCGCUGACUGUUCCUCUAGUGUGCGAAGAAGAACUGAACCGAAUUUUAAUAAAUUUGAAUUAAGAUUUAGCCC